AUGGGGCCGAGAGCGGACCGUUGGGAGGACAGAGGCGCCCCUGUGGUCCGGAGCGCCCCUUGGGAGGGGGAGGACAAGGAGAAGAAGGAGGGGAGCCCUGCCCCUUCCCCGACGCCACCUCCUGGGGCCAUGCUGCGCUCGCCUUGGGGCACAAACGUCACACAGCCUUGGAGUAAUUCCCUUUCCCCCACGCCUCACCCCACUCUGCUUCUGUUGCCCACUUUACCAGCUUCCUCAUCUCCUCCAGACUCCCCUGUGGCACAGAAGGUGGCAGCCGGUGGACUGCUGUCACUAUUGGUGGUGUGGACACUUCUAGGCAACGCGCUUGUCUGCGCUGCCAUCCUAGGCUCGCGGCACUUACGGGCCAAGGUCACCAACAUCUUCAUCGUCUCCUUGGCCGUUUCGGACCUUCUAGUGGCACUGCUUGUGAUGCCCUGGAAGGCGGCAGCCGAGGUGGCCGGCUACUGGCCCUUCGGCGCCUUCUGCAGCGUUUGGGUGGCCUUUGACAUCAUGUGCUCCACCGCCUCCAUCCUCAACCUCUGUGUCAUCAGCUUGGACCGCUACUGGGCCAUCGCCAGCCCCUUCCGCUAUGAGAGGAAGAUGACUCCCAAGGUGGCUUUGGCCAUGGCUGGGCUAGCCUGGGCCCUGGCGCUGCUUGUGUCCUUUGUCCCUGUUCAACUCAACUGGCACAAGGGCCAGGAGGUCGUCACCACCCCCUCGGCGCCCAGCUUCACCGCCUCUUCCCCUUCAUCCUCUUCUUGGAUGGAGAGUGAAAUGUCACCCACAAACGAGCACUGCGACUCCAGCCUCAACCGGACCUACGCCAUCGCCUCCUCGUUGAUCAGUUUCUACAUCCCCGUGGCCAUCAUGAUUGCCACCUACACCCGCAUCUACCGCAUCGCCCAAGUGCAGAUACGGCGGAUCUCCUCUCUGGAGCGGGCCGCUCAACAUGCCCAAAGUUGCCGCAGUCACCAUGGCUCGGCAUCCCCUCUUCCCCACCACCCACUCCAGCAUCCCCACCAUCGUCCCCAUUCCUCCAUCCGCAAGGAGGCCAAAGUCCUGAAGACCCUCUCAGUUAUCAUGGGGGUCUUUGUCUGCUGCUGGCUGCCUUUCUUUGUGCUCAAUUGCCUGGUGCCAUUCUGCCAGAGGCCACCAGACCUGCCCUGUGUCAGUGGGGCCACCUUCAACGUCUUUGUCUGGUUUGGCUGGGCCAACUCCUCCCUCAACCCCAUCAUCUACGCCUUCAAUGCCGACUUCCGACGGGUCUUCUCUCACCUCUUGGGCUGCCGCCGACGGGGCUCUAGCGCUGCCGGGGAGACAGCCAAUGCCAGCCGGGAACUGCUCUCCUUCGCCCCAGAGAGACCCCGUACUGUGGACCCAGAGCUCUUCGACGGAAUGCCAUGCAUCUCACCCGAGCUGGAGAUGGCACCCGAGGUGGUCUGUGAACUGAACAAAGCCACCCCCUGCACCUCAGGCUGCCUACUUUAGCUUCCAAUUGGUCAGAGGGAGCGGAAACCUUUUUGUUGUUGCACUGGGGCCUUCUCGGAUUGGUGAAAAUCCUGAUUACUGGAACUUGGAGAAGGCUGUGAGAUGUUUCCAAGCCCACGGCACCAGCCUCUUCUCCCACUGCUUGUCCUAAGUGCCAGUGGCAACUGGCAGGAGCAAACAAACAAACCCCCAAUCCAGUACAUUCACUGUGUAAGCAGCAAAGGUUGGAUUUCACUCAGGAAAACAAAACAAAACAUAGACGGUGUUUUUUUGAGGGCAUUAUUUCCCUUUGUGCGUUCUGCUCCUGCCAAAUGGAAGUGAUGUGUUUCAUGUUUUCUGAAACGGAGAUCUUCUUCUGCCUGCUGUGCUUUCCCCCUUCCUGAGGAUUCAAUAAAUUAUGCUGAUCAAAUGGA